GGUAGUGUGUCAGCGAGGAGGGGGACUGCUGCGGGAUUAUCAUGGCGGGAUGCAUGAAAAUGACAAACGGUUUUGUCUCAGAGAGUUCCAAAUGUCUCAUUUUUAUCGUCACUUUUAUUAUUUUACCCGAAGCUACACUCCAGAAUACAGGGAAUAAGUAUGCAGUCACUGAUUUGCAUGACGGAGAGGAGCUCGUCAAGUCAGGACCUGACUGGUUCUGCUACAAAAACUCGAUUGUUCCCACCUGGAGGCAAACCUGGACAAGAAUUCAGGUGAAAGUUUGGAGCUCCAAGGUAUUCAGGUUGGAGACAGUGGAAGGUGAGGAGGAGCUGCAGGAGCUGGAGCGCUUCAGUCUGUGGAGCUGGUUUCAGAGCUUGUUGCGGGAGCAGCACAAUGAAACCACGAUUAAUAUCAGUCUGUUCAAGAAGAAGAUUUGCUUCAAGGUCGAUCCAUCUGAAAACACUCCGUACACUGUCAAACCCACCCGCAGGUUUGAUAUCUACCUGUUUUUGGUGUUUCUCUGUGGGGUUCUGCUGUUUGUUUUUGCAGACUCGCUCAGCAGGAGUCAAGUGUUUUUCUACUCGGCUGGUAUGAGCACAGGCAUGUUUGCAUCUCUCAUAGUGCUGUUUUUUAUUCUGGCACGCUUUUUGCCAAAGAAAAGUCCCUUUUACAUUCUGAUCGUUGGCGGCUGGUCCUUUUCCUUGUAUGCCAUCCAGCUGGUCUGCAGGAACCUCAGCACAAUCCUGCGAGAACACUGGCAUCUAGUCUUAGGUUAUGUGGUGGUGGUGGGAUUCAUCUGUUUUGCCGUCUGCUAUCGCUACGGUCCUCUGGUGGACGACAAAAGCAUAAAUAUCCUGUCGUGGACACUGCAGCUGAUCGGUCUGCUUCUGAUCUACCUGGGGAUUCAGCUUUACCAAGUUGCCUUCGCCAUCAUUGUAGCAGCUUUGCUCGCCAAAAACCUGGAGUACCCUGUCUCUCUGGCAGUAGCAGCUUGGAGUUUUGUCCGUAGGAAAAUAAAGGGACGUUUUUAUUGGAAGCCACAACCUCGUCGCCUGUUGACUGAGGAAGAGUAUCAGAGGGAGGGAGAGGAAGAGACUCGGCUCGCUCUGGAGGAGCUCCGUAAAUACUGUAACAGUCCAGAAUUCAGUCCGUGGAAGACGGUGUCCAGGCUUCAGUCCCCUAAAAGGUUUGCAGAUUUUGUUGAAGGAUCUCCUCAUUUGAUGUCAAACGAGGUGUCUGUUCACGCACAGGAAUAUGACUUUUUGGAAGAUGACUUUUUCGACACAGAUGAUGAAGAAGAGCCUGAGUUUGUAUCAAAACAGGAGUGAAAAAGCCCAGAAUUUGCAGCAUGCAAAAUCAAAUACUAAUUUUAUAUUGAAACGGUCUUGGGGAAAGUAUUUUUUUUAUAAAUAUUUGCAAAUACUGACAGCUUACAGAAACUGGAUUUUAUUCAAACUUAAACCAUUUUUGUAUCCAAAGAGAAAGGAUCAGAGUCAGGGGUAUGCAAAUCGAUUUGCUUAGUAUUUAUUGAUUGCACAACAGGUGUUUUAAACCAAGAGCAGAAAUAUUCUAAAGAAGACCCCUUGGUUCUGUGUUCUCCCUUGAGUGUCCUUGGCUUUUUCUAUCAUAUUUCUGUUGUAGAACUUCUUUGGUUUCAGUCAGGCAUUUGGGUUUCUAACCCACUGAACCCUCCAUGCAGCUGCAGUUCAUCUUUUUCAGGGAAAUGUCUGUUUUUUUUCUAUUUUAUUGGUCAUACCAAUGGAUUAUCUGUGUAUUUUGAUUAAAAAUGUCUGUAAUUAAGUGCCGA